AUGGAGAAGCAUAAUGAUCCCAAUUUGAGGUUCAAUAAGCUUUCCCAGCAGGAGAUGGGUCUGGUCCAGCCGGUCCCUGUGCCAAGCCCCCAGACCAGAGGACAGUGGUCCAGCAAGCUGGAGUUCCUCCUGGCUGUGGCCGGACAGAUCGUAGGCUUGGGGAAUGUAUGGAGGUUCCCAUAUCUGUGCUACAAAAAUGGAGGAGGGGUGUUCUUCAUCCCUUAUGUGCUCUUUCUGUUCACCUGUGGCAUUCCACUCUUUCUCCUGGAGACCUCCUUGGGCCAGUACACCACGCAGGGCAGUAUCACCUGCUGGAGGAAGAUCUGCCCCCUGUUUGAAGGACUGGGUUAUGGUAGUCAGGUGGUGGUUCUAUAUUCCAGCAUCUAUUACAUCAUCAUUCUAGCCUGGGCCUUCUUCUACCUCUUCUCCUCAUUCAGCUCUGAGCUCCCCUGGGCCAGUUGUAGAAACAGCUGGAACACAGCAACCUGCAUGGAGUUUGACAGAAGAGUAGUGGGACAUCUAAAUUGGACAGUAGCAGGAAAUGCAACAUCGCCAGUGAGAGAGUUCUGGGAGAGAAGAGUUUUGAAUCUCACAGACAGUCCAAACAAUCUAGGCAGUGUUCGCUGGGAGCUGGCUCUGUGUCUUCUACUGUCAUGGAUUCUCUGUUACUUCUGUGUCUGGAAAGGAGUGAAGUCUACUGGGAAGGUGGUCUACUUCACUGCCACCUUCCCCUAUCUGAUGCUGCUGGUGUUGCUGGUCCGUGGACUCACACUGCCGGGGGCAAUAGAUGGUAUCAAGUUCUACCUCUACCCAGACCCAGCCCGCCUCACAGACCCACAGGUGUGGAUGGAUGCUGGAACACAAAUCUUCUUUUCCUAUGCUAUCUGCCUCGGCUGUCUGGCUGCUCUUGGCAGCUACAACAAAUAUGACAACAACUGUUACAAGGACUGUGUGUACCUGUGCCUGUUGAACAGUGGAACCAGCUUUGUGGCCGGUUUUGCUAUCUUCUCUGUUCUGGGCUUCAUGGCUAAUGAACAAGGGACAGACAUCUCAACGGUGGCCGAAUCAGGUCCUGGCCUGGCAUUCAUCGCCUACCCUCGUGCCGUGGCCAUGAUGCCAUUACCCCAGCUUUGGGCCAUCUUAUUCUUCAUCAUGAUAAUCCUACUGGGGUUAGACAGUGAGUUUGUAGGUCUGGAGGCUUUGGUGACAGCCAUCUCAGACAUGAAUCCCUCCUUCUUCCUGGUUGGCCAUCGGCGUAAAAUCCUCCUCCUCAUCAUCAGUGUGGGUAGCUUCUUCAUCGGCCUGGUCAUGGUCACAGAGGGAGGCCUGUAUAUCUUCCAGUUGUUUGAUUACUAUGCCUGCAGUGGGAUGACUCUGCUUCUCUUCGCUAUACUACAGUCAGUGUGUAUCAGCUGGGUUUAUGGUGCAGACCGUCUGUACGAUAAUAUAGAGGACAUGAUCGGUUAUCGACCAUUACCCAUCAUUAAGUACUGCUUGAAGUAUGUCACUCCAGUCAUCUGCACUGCUACAUUUGUCUUCUCCUUGAUAAAGUUUACUCCGCUGAAGUUCAACAACACCUUUCAGUAUCCUUGGUGGGGUUUCGCCGUUGGCUGGUGGUUCACUCUCUCCUCCACCCUCAUGGUUCCUCUAUGGAUGGUGUACAUCGUGAGCGUCACUCCUGGUACACUGCGACAGAGACUGUCCAUCCUCACCACUCCGUCAGAGGAUCUCCCCAUGACCAAGGCCCAGAAGAAUUCCCUCCUGGCCAAGCAGUCAGAGCAAGACAGACCCCUGGGGGACAUGGAGACACCAGCCUGGGGCCACAACCUCCUAGACAUAGACACUGUCCCCCUGUAGAGACACUGACCCCCUCUCUCAACCACCAUCCCUAUAGGACUAGAGAUAAGCAGGUCCUGACAUAAACAAUGCAAAUACUUCCCAUUGUGUAACAGAGGCUUAUGUGACCCUUUGCUUGGUCUGAGUGGCUUAGAAAAGUAUAGUACAUAACAUAAUCCACCCCAUGCCUUUUUCUUGGGAGGGCGAUGUGGGCAAGUGUUUCCAAAACACACACUAUUUCCUGUAUGUAGCGCUGAUGAGACGUAGAAGCACUGGUUCUGGGAAGUCUUGGUGUGAAAUUUUUUAUUUUGUUCAUUCAUUCUGUUUGGCCCAGAAAACCCUACCUAGAAUUAUUAGAAUUACCGGUCAAUCUUGCUGUCACAUGUCAGAAUGCAGAGAAAGCAUCUGAAGUGAGAUAUUGCGUAAGGUCCGGCAAAAUGAACCAGGUCAUGGCAGAGUAACCAGGUCAUGGCAGACUUGGGUCUUGGCAGAGUGAUGGAUGAAUAGAUCAAACACGUUUCACAAAACAUGGUGGAAACAAAAACAUGACAUUCGUGCUAUUGGUCCCAGUUUGUUAACUGAGUCUGUAUAAACAAGUGAACAAACCAUUUUUUUUAAAGAUACAUUUUAUCUUUGAUUUGGGUGAGUUUAAUAAUCCGACAUUGUUUUGUUCUACUACUAUGUAAUUUCUUAAGACUUUGAAGUAUGACAUUUGUGAAAAUAUAUCGAUGGUAAAUUAUAAGGGAUUGUGUAGAUGCGGUUAGGGUGAUAAUAGUAUUUCAAGAUUUGGAUAUUUUAUUGUUGUUCUCGUGAUCAUUUUACACAAUUCAUCAGCUGCACAUGACGUACUCCACUAUAUUUGACAUUGUGGUUAAUUGAUUGGUUGUGUCACUCCACAUGUCAGGCUAUCAUCCUUAGUGCUUCAGCAAGUUGUAAUACUAGUUCUAACAGAGAUGUUAGACUCUGGUUCUAAACUCUGCUGAGUUUAAAGACUAGGGGCUCUAUUCAAUCUGUAAAGCUGAAGUGUUACAGAUUCUGUCAUAGAAAAGUCAAGGUAAUUUCAUAUUGGACCGACAUAUACAGAGUUUACGGUGUAUAUCUCCACUUAAGCGGGAACAUUGCCUUUAAAUCUCAAUCACACUGUAAAGAUAUAUUUCUGCGAUGCAGAUUGAAAAGAGCCCUGGGUCAUUCAGGGUUUCAGGGGAAGAAGUUGAAUGUAAAAUUCUGAAUUCAAACAAGAUAUCUCUCAGAAUCUCCAUUGAGAAUUUUAGUCCUGGGUUAGGCUUAAUCUGUGUCUGGGAAUCUGGCUCAUUAUCUCCUACCUUUUUAAUACUGAUUUGAAAUUUGACAGAGUAGCCAAUCCAGGGAGAUACUGACAAGACAUAAUGCCGAAGUCAUCUUAACUUAAACACGCUUUUGAAAGGGACCCUUGUUGCCCUGUUAUGGUAUUGCAUUACAGUAAAUAAAGAAGAACAGAACAACACUGAUAUUGUGUGCUCCUUGGAAUUCAAAUAUGAGGAAGCUUGGCAAGUUUGUUGUUGUGUGUAAGGUAAGAAAGAACGCCUAUUAAAAGUGUGCCAGUUAUCAGGUCGUACAACAUGCCUACAGUAUGUGGUACUAUGAGAUCUCUCAGUGUGACUGUGAUGAGUGACAAGUUGUACUUUGUCCUAUUGCCUUCUGCAUUCAUAUGUCCAAUGAUAAAAUAUGACAUUUGGACCCUUUUUGUAUUUGGCAUUUCAGGCCAGAAGGGAAGAGAGCUGAGAGCUUAGUGCCUGGGUAUAACAACCCUUAUUUCUGGUUGAAGAUAUUUUACAUUACCUCCACCGGAGAACUUAUACGUUCUGCAGUAAAAAAUAAUACACAAGUUACAACAGGAGAAAUAUGACUUGUAAAUGAAUAUAUCUCAUAAC